GAUGCUGGCGGGCCGGGCGCCGCUGGGCGCCGCGGGCUGCGGCCGCCUCCUGGCAGCGGGGCUGCGGCCGCUGCUCUGCGGGCUGUCGCCGUGCUGGGUGACGGCGGGGCGGCAGUACCCGUCCCUGCGGGUAGCGGAGCCGGCGAAGGAGAAGCGGCUGGUGCGUAAGGAGCAGCGGAGCAGCCUCGUGGUCCGCCGCUUCAUCGCCUGCCCGCAGCUGGCGCGCACCGUGCGGCGCUGCCUGCAGAGCGGAGCCGGCCUCGGCCCCGGCCCCCAGCCCCUCCUGCUCGAGUUCGCGCCCGGUCCUGGGAUUGUGACUCGAUCUCUGCUUGAUGCAGGUUUUAGAGUGGUAGCUCUGGAAAGUAACUCAGAUUUUCUUACAGACUUACAGUCCCUAGAAAAUAGCCUGGAUGGGCAAUUAAAGGUGAUUCAUGGUGACUUCUUCAGACUGGAUCCUUUGGCUAAGGGAGCUUUGAAACCACCUGCUGUGUCUUCUGACCACCUUUUUAAAACCAUGGGUGUAGCAGCAGUUCCUUGGAGGGCAGAUGUUCCUUUGAAAAUUUUUGGAAUCAUACCGCAACCGUUGGAAAGAAACAGACUUUGGAGACUUCUUUUCGCCAUGUAUGAAUGCAGUUCCAUAUACAGAUACGGAAGAGUAGAACUCAACCUCUUUAUAAGUGAAAAAGAGUAUACGGUAUUAACAGCAAAGCCUGGGAAGUCGAAGAUUUAUCAAGCACUUACUGUACUUGCACAACUAGGGUAUGAAAUUGAACUACUGCAUAAGGAACCUUGGUCUUCAUUUGCAACUAAUUUGAAAAAUGGAGGACUGGCGAUACCAAAAGCUGGGCGGCUGCCAAAUGACCAUAUCUGUUUGGUACGACUGACUCCUCAGCAAAAUCUAUUUACAGGAGGCUUGAAGCCCUCAAAUGCAUCUACCUUUAUUUUCAUGGUGAAACAGUCUUUUGCUAAACCUAAGUCUAAACUUACCGAUAGAUUAAAUUCGUGGAGCUUGGACAAUAGUGACACAUUACUGAAAGCACUAGAAAUUCCCAAAAAUGCUGCAAUGUGUAACUUGUAUCCAGAAGACUAUAAGCGUCUUUUUGAGGCUUUGCAAAACUCCGAUUUGUUUGCUGAGACCUUCUUCCAUGAUGAAGUCUUGGCAAGUACAAGGACCAUGAACUCCUAAAUCUAAAGCUUUUGGAAGAUCACCUUUGCUUCUGGAAGAUUACUUUGAUAAAAAGUGAUUUAAAUAAAAUCGGACAUACGGUUAGCUAGAUGAUUUCCUGUCCAAACAGGAAAAAUUUAGCAAGUAACAAGAGCCCUUCUACUUAGGAUAAAAGUAAUGAAUUCACAGUUAUCUUUCACAAUCCUAUCUGGAAUGGACAAGCUUUGCACACAAUCAUAUCUGGAAUGGACAAGCUUUGCAACUUUCGCAGGAGCUUAUUAGCUCGUGCUACUUUUGGAUGUACCACUUAAAUGCAACUUUUCGUUACACUGUUGCUGUGUAUUUACAACAUAUGAAAAAAAAAUUAACAGACCAAAUUAUUAUUUGUUUGGUUUUUAUUUUAGUGCUUAAUGAUUUGAAUGCCCUUUUGACAGAUUCACAGAAUACAAAGGUGUUUACAACAACUGAGCCUGCAACAUUGUCUGCUUUUCUGAAUUUGCAGCCUAAAGUCAAAAAAUGCUAAUAAAUUAAUAGUGGUAUGUUAACAGAAGACAAGGUAAUGACAGGGUGAUAAAAUAUUAACUGAGAGUUGCUUAAAAUAAAGAUUAUGAUAUCCCUGAGGAAAAGUUGUAACAGUUAUUUCUUUUGAAAAUAACAGAGACAACAUGUACUAGUUUGUAAUACAAUACAUAAACACCUACAUGUGUAUAGGGAUUAUUUUAGGUCUGAAAGUCAUCAGAAUAUUCAGUGCUGUAUAAAUGAUUUCAAAUAAGGUGAUUUUAUUUUUUUAAACCUUUGCCAUUAAUGUGUAAUACAUGUACCAAAAAAUUACUCAAAACCAUAUACUAUUAAAAUUCUGGUUUUAGCCAUAGUACUCCAUAAGGCAACCUGUUCCCAAUUUCUCUGUUUUACCAUCUAACUCUUCUGUUGUUGUUCAACAAUGCUGAGAGGUUGUACUGUU